AUGGCCCGGUCAGCCCGGGCAGCCCCUACUGUCAACGCUAAACGUGUCGGUGGAAAACCUGCCGUUAUCAGCUAUCAUAUCACGUGUCAUCUCAACGCUAAUAAGAUUAUGCAGUCACCAAGAAGAUUUUCGGUUGUUUCAGGUGACUCAGAUGAUCCAUAUGAUUAUAACAAGUGUACAAGACUUUCUUACCUCUCUAAAGUCAUGCAAUCGUGGAAGUCUUUGUACCACAACCAGGAAAUGGUUGAUAUCACUUUACUUAUUGGCGGUAGCAAGACAGAAUUCAAAGCUCACAAAGUGGUGCUGUGCGCACACAGUGACUUCCUAAAGAAAAUGUUGACUAGUCCAAUGAAGGAAGCUCAAGAGAAUACAAUCGAGUUUCCUGAAGCUGAUGAAACAGCAUUCGGAGCACUUCUUGAGUUUUUCUACACAGGAGAUGUUCCAGUCGACAAAUCCUUUAUAUGUGAACUCAUAGAACUUUCCGAAGAUGCAUGUGAAUAUCUUAUGUUUUCCACCAAGCCAUCAGCUGAUGAGCAGUUCUAUAAAAAUUGCUUCCAAUGGAUCGAAGAUCACGCUGCUAAAGUUCUCUGCACAGAUGGUUUUGCAGAGCACAUGUCGGUAGAGGAAGUACAAAAGAUAGUCGCUAGUAACAGCCUGAAUCUAAAGGAAAUUCAGUUAUUUGAAGGAUUUAAGCGAUGGAUUGAACAUGAUGUCUCAAGACGAGAGGAUGGUAAAGUAAUAGCAAAAUUUCUGCGCUUGCCAAUGAUGAACGUAAGCGAUUUGAUGGGUUGUGUAAAAGCCAGCGGUCUUGUCCAAUCUGAUGCUAUAAUUGAGGCUCUAGAGUCGUUACUGCAACCGUCGGUUGACAAUCCAUAUGAAAUCGACUCACUUCAUGCCAAUUUACGGGUGCCAUCUGCACGUCUUGCAAGUCUUUAA